AAUCCUCCUUGCAGUCAUGUAGGUCCCUGUACUCGCAAGAACGACUGCCCGUGCGCAAUAAACCGUGCGCAUUGCACGCGUGUAUGUCGAUGUCACCUACAAUGUGUGUAUAGCACACGACGCUGGACGGGCUGCAAAUGUACGCCGGGUGAGGAGGGACAUGCUUGUGGAGACAAGCGCGCCUGCCCCUGCCAUCUCGCGUCGCGCGAAUGCGAUCCCGAGUUGUGCUUGGGCUGCGCAAGCAGGGACCAUACGCUCGAUCGCUGCAAGAAUUCGCAAAUUCAGCAUAAGAGGCGGAAGAAAACAACCCUCCGGAAGAGCCAGUUCGGUACAGGUGUCUUCGCUGCGGAGAGAAUAUUGGCAGGCGAGCUCAUAUGUGAAUACGUUGGCGAGCUCGUAUACGACGAGACUACUCGGUCGCGAGAGCUCCUCGCCAUCCAUCGGCGCUCCAACUACCUUUUCGGUCUUAACCCUCAGUUCGGCAUCGACGCUGUGCAUGCGGGGAAUGAGGCGCGGUUUGUCAAUCAUCGAGAGCAUGACAAUGUGGCUGCGUACAUCAAGCUCGUCAAUGGCGAGCCCCGCAUUGGGCUAUUUGCUAACCGCACUAUUAAGCCCGGCGCCGAGCUCUUCAUCGACUAUGGCAAGGACUUCUUCAAGGAUAUGGAGGCAAAGGAAGAUUCGGAGCUCGAGUCGUUCGUAGAUGUGUACGAGGAUACGCAGGACUGGAUACCUUCACAAUGA